AUGAAAAUACAACAAGUAGAUGGAGCAUUAACUAACUAUGGUAAAAUCCUUAAGAUGGAACCAAGUACUUUGGAUGGUUUCGUUUCUUUUUGCGAAACAUUCAAAAGAGCAGAAAAUGUCAAACCUGCAAUUGAAAACGAAAUUAAGUUUGUUGAUGAAACAUAUAACUUGUUUGAGAAGUUCCAGUUGCAGCAUAAAAGAAAUCCUUUACACCAGAAGUAUCAAGUGUUCCAAAGCGAUUUCAUUGUUGCUCAAUCCAUCAAAAGCAAUGUUGUGAAUUAUUUCAUUAAACAACUCAAAGAAAUGAUUUCAAAUUUGGAGACAAAACUGAACAAAAACUAUGAAAAAGUUUCAGCAAUUCCUCCAACAUUGACAUUGGUUGAUAUCGAGAAAGAGUUACCAAGAAGUGAGAAGAGAUUACGUAAGAUGAAAGAAUUGGAAACACAAGUUUCACAAGCCAUUAAAUUCCAGGAAAUUAUUGAUGUAGAAAUCAACAAAUUCGCGUUUUACAAUAACGUUAUAAAUAUCAAUGAAUUUGCUCUAACUCUUUAUACAUCAAUAGAAAACUGGCAGAAGAUAUCAGAACAGAUUGCAAAGAAACCAUUUUCUAACAUAGAUAUCGUUUCUUUCAAGGAAUCAGUCAUGGAAAUCGAUUCUCAUGUUAAAAAACUUCAAAUGUUACCUGCAUCAAACAAUUAUCCAAUUUUGGUCGAAUUGGCAGGAAAAGUGAAUGAAAUUUCACCAUAUAUCGAUGAACUCGAGAAGUUAAGCAGCUCAAGGAUGCAAGCACGCCAUUGGAACAAUUUGUUUGAGUCCUGCAAUCAACAAGCAAGUUAUAAUCCAAAGAUGACAACUGAUGAAUUAAUUAAAAUGAACAUUUUGCAACAUAAAGAUAAAAUUGAACAGAUCACGAAUAUGUCAUUGGGUGAAUACAAGCUUGAGACAGAGUUCUUCCAGAUAACUAACUAUUGGAACAAAGUUCAAAUGCCAAUUGCCGAAAUCCAAGGAACAUUGAACGAAGAAAAUUUGUUGUUAGGAAAUACAGACCAAUUAUUACAAGAAAUCAAUGAUGCUUUGAUCAACAUUAACUCUAUGUUGCAAAGACCAUAUGUACAAGGAAUAAGAGAUACAGUUACUAACCUUGCUUCCACUUUAGAGAACAUUAAUCAAAUCAUUGAAGCAUGGCAAUUAUUCCAAAGUAAUUGGAUAAUUUUGAGUGCAAUUUUCUCUCAAGAACUCACGAGAUCUUUGUUGCCACAACAAAUGAACAAAUUCUCAGGUGUUCAGAGAAAAUGGUUUACAAUUGCACGACAUACAAUUAAAGACACAAGAUUGUUCUCUGUUUGUUCUUUCCCUUCGCUUUUGGAUGCAUUAAAUGAAAACAAUCAAACAAUGGAAUCAAUCAUUGCUUCUCUCGGAAAACUUUUGGAUACAAAGAGAAAUGCAAUGCCAAGAUUGUUCUUCUUAUCAAACGAUGAUGUUCUUAAGCUUAUCUCCUCUACUUCCGUUAAAGAAAUCUCAACAACAAUCUCUAAAAUCUUGAUGUUCAUUGAUUCUCUUGAAUGUAAAAAUGAUGUUGGAGAAGAUGGACCGAUUUUCCAAUCGAAAGUCUACAAGAUCAUUGGCGAUGAUGGCUAUGCAUUGAGCUUAUCUAAACCAGUAGACAUCACUCCAGUUCCUGAACAAUGGAUCAGUGAUUUGAUUGAAAAAAUCCAUGAAAACAUCAAAGAUUUGUCAAUCAAAGCAAUUCUUAAAUAUUCCAAUGUUUUGUUCAGCAAAUGGAUAACGAUGUAUGAACCAAAUAUUUUGGCAAUUGCUUUGAAUGUUGUUUUAACAACAUCAUUGAAGAAUUUCUUGUUGAAACAAACAAUGAAAGGAGAUACUCCAUUCCCUGAUUUAAUCAAAGAUUAUAUCAGUCAAGUUUCAACUUUGGUAAGAGGAAGACCAGAACUAGCAGGAAUUUUAUCAAUUCUUAUGUCAUUUAGAGAUAGACAUUCCAAUCUAAUUGCUCAAGAACAAAAACGAAAAGGAUUAAAUCCUGUUUUAGAUUUCGAAACAAUGUUGAAUUUCAGAAAAGAAGACAACCAAAUUGUUGCAUCAAUUUCGAAAACUUCUUGGGAAUUGGGAUACGAAUUCUGGGGCAAAGUUCCAUUUUUAGUUCAUACAACAGCCAUAGAAUUUGCAUACCAAAAUUUGGCAAGAGGUAACAGAGAGAUUGAUCCAAUGAUAUUAUUAGGAUCAACGAUGACAGGAAAAUCAUCAACAAUUUACAAAUUGUCAUUUGAUAUGGGAAGAUUUAUUUAUUCUUGGUAUCCUUUCCCACAUAAUUCUGAACAUUUCUUGAGUAGAAUAUUAAUUGGAACAUGUCUUACAGGAUCAUGGUGUAUCUUUAAUCACAUCGAAAAGAUGGAAAACAGAUAUUUAUGUUAUUUAUUUGAUAACAUUCAUACAAUGUAUCAAUUGUUGAAAGCGAAUUCAAACAAAAUUAUUAUCUCUUCUAAAACAGUUGAACUUGAUCCAAACGCAAGAUUCUUCUUCACAGGGCAUCACGUCAAAUACCAAAGUGAAUGCGUUCCUUCGCAGAUCAGAUCAACAAUUAGAUCAAUCGCUUUAAGUGACACAAAUCCAGCUCAAAUCAUUGAAAUUAGAUUAUUGGCUAAGUCAUUUAUCGACACGAAGAGAUUAUCAUUGAUUAUUUAUUCAUUGAUAACAACAGUUCCACAAAUUAUUUCUCAAGCCAAAUCUAUGAAUUCUUUGUUGUAUUCUGCGUUUAUGAUCAUUGAUGGAGCUGUUUUACUUAGAACUAAAGGUGUUGAUGAUGUUUCUGGUUUGAUGUACACUGCUUAUCAGUUCUUCUCGAUGACAAGGAUAGAUAACGAGAAAAAGAAGUUGAUUAAUGUUAUUUCAAGCUGUUUCAAUGUUCCUGUCGAUGAAAUCAACCAAAGAUUUGAUAAGAUUUCUUUCGAAGAAAACAAAGCGAAAUAUUUGGAAAUUUUCAAGGAAGAAAUCAACAAAAUCAAUCCUUAUUUGCCAGUUGAUUAUUUGGCAGACAGAACUUUGGAUCUCAUGUUUACUUUGUCCUUCUCUGAUUCUGUUAUUAUAAUUGGUCAACCAUCAAGUGGAAAAUCAUUAAUCGUUAAGAUUCUCAAACAAAGUGUUUCUUCACAGAAAUUCCACGAUUUAUUCCCGAAUGUCAAUCAAUACGAGAUCUUCGAUUGUUAUUACAAUUCCGAGAAUCCAAACAGAUUGUAUGGACAUAUUUAUGAUGAUUUGACAUUUGGACAAACAUGGGCUUAUGGACAUUUACAAGCUAUUUUGAAUCAAAUGCAUAAUAAAUCUAAGACAAUUAAUAUUCUUAGAUUUGAUGGCAGUUAUUCGAAAGAUUUCAUGUUAUUCAUGAGAUACUUUGUCCCUCAGACAAACUGCAACGCAUUCAGAACAGCAAGCCAAGACUUUGUUUACGCAAACAGGAGGAUGAAAGUUAUUUAUGAAUCAACAAGUUGUGAAGGAUUAACUCCAGGAUUAUUAUCAAGAAUUCCUGUAAUUUACAUGAAAUCUUGCCAAAUCAACACUUCUUUGAUUGUUUCCUGCGAAUUAAACCAUCCACACAUCAUUCUAAAGAAAACUUUCGUCGAUCUUGGAUACGAAGAAACAGAACGCGCAAGUUUAUUCGCUGAAACAUUUGUUGAUUUGAUUCCAAAAGUUGUCAAAUUCGUUUAUCAUUCAAAGAACAAAAUCAGAUAUUCCCAGAAACCAGAGAAAAUGAAAGACGGAGAGAUCUAUUUAUCAGAGGUUUUACCGUAUUUCACAGCUAUUGUUGCACUCAAUCUAAUCUUCACAAUGAAGAUGGACAUGAAGAAUCAAUACCAAAUGUCUUUGAGUUUAGUUUACGCUUGCAAUAGAAUUUUCACACAGUUCCUUGAAGAUUCAGAAAAAGAGAAAUUCGAUCAAUGGCUGAGAGAUGAAGAAGAGAUUACUGUUCCUAAGGAUUGGAUCGGCUAUAAUGUACCUGAUUUAUUCUGGAACAUGUAUCCAAAGCCAUGUUUGAGUUCAAUGCAAGUUUUCGAAGGAAAAUUGAUUCCUCUGAAUUUCAAAUUGACAGAUAAUGAACAAAUUUACCAGGCAAGAUCAGAAGGACAAUUACCUAUAUUCCCUAACGAAGUACAUGUCAUGAAUGUACAAUUCUUACAUCCACUUGAAAUUGCAAAUAGAUUACUUGAAAACCAAAGAUCAAUUAUAAUUCACGGACCGAAAUCAAGUGGUCGUGAUACAUUUUUGAGAAUUCUGUUUUCAAUGAAUGAUGUAUUUUUACCAACUACAUUCGAUGCAAGUGAUUUCGUAACAGCUGAUGAAUUCAUUUCAUUCAUUUUGUCUCAUACUCCAUUCCUAUCUAAGAUUUUGACUCCAGGAACACAAAACAAAAUCAUUAUUUUAGUAAUAAGAGGAUUGAAACCACAUCACACGAGAUUGCAAGAGUUCCUGAGACAAAUCAACAAUAUAGGAAAGAUCAACGCUUUCUCAACAACAGAUCCAAAGGUUUACGAGACAUUAACAAUCAUGAGAUUCGUAACAAUCAUUACUGUUGAAGAUAUAACACAAUACGAUAUAAGAUUUGUUCAAAAAUACAUUCCAAUUGGAUUAUCAGAGAUAUCUAAUGAUUCCGCAAUGUUCAUGGCCUCAAAGAUAUUGCAAGCUUACGGACACAAGCAGCAAAAUGCCGAAUUUUAUGCAAGAAUCGCUACAAAUUUGUUGGGACAAUUCGAACUCGAAAACAAACCACUUUUGUUGUUACAAUCUUUGUUUACAAUUUGUCAUUUAGGAGAUGAUGUUUCAACGCAUGAUAUCGUGAAACAAUUGUUUGCAGAAAUGAAAUUCAGAUUCUUGCAUCAGUUCCCUCAACAAGACGUCAAAGAUAAGAUCGAAUUCAUUGGAAAUAAUGAGUGCAGAACAGAAAAUGAAAAGAAAGCUGCUUGGGAUUUGGUCAAUUCUAAGAAUAUUUUACUUCCUAUUUGCCAUUUAACAAAAGAUAUGAAGCAAUUCAAGAUCGACCAAAAGACAGUUGCUUAUCAACAAUUGGCUUACAUGAUCAUCAGAGAUAUCGCAAUUUUCAAUGCAAAUGUAAUUGAAAAACUUUCUUUGAGAGUUACUCCAGCUUUAGUUGAUACUUGGGCAAUGAUGUUAAGAGCAAUGAGAACUCCUGGUUGUAACAUUAUAAUCAACGGAAUGCCAGGAUUAGGUAAAUAUUCGAUUACGAGAAUCAUUGCUCAUUCAUGUGAAUAUGAUUUCAUCAACAUCGCACCUCCAACAAUUGAAGAACAAAUGGUCAAAGAAGACAGAAUUUUCUCUUUGUCAAGCGUAAUUCGAGAUGUUGUAAUCAAUGCUGCUUUGCAUCAAAAGAGAGCAGUUAUAUUCACAAGAGCAACUAAAGAAUCUCAGCAAGAAUUAGACGCUUUGAUUUUAUUUGUUACUGGAUAUGAUUACACUCAUUUCUUCACGAAAUCAACAUUGGAAGAUUUGUACACAAGAUUCACGAAUUCUCAUGCUUUAACCUUUGAACAAAAGAUCAUUGCAAUGAGACAAAUCAAGAACAUUUUGAGGAUAAACAUCCAUGGUGUUAUUGCUCAAAAUGAACAAUUAAUUAAAGGAGAACAUGCUCAUUUCGUUGAACUUAAUUUGAAUCACGAUACAACAAAUUAUUACACUGCUUUUGCACAAGAAGCAAUCGAACAACCAGCAACAAAGAAAGUCAUUGGAUCUUCAACAACAGCUGUUUCACAAGUCCUUGGAAAUAUGCACACUGUUGCAAGGAAAUUCACUUCUUAUUUCCAUCCAAAUAUGAUGUACGAUUUCAUCGAUUCUUUCUGUCAUUUCACUGCUGCUGAUUUCCAGAAUUUGAACACUAAAUUCGAGAAUUCUCAAAGCGCAAUUAGUUUCAUCGACAAACUACAAGGAGAAGCGCAUGUAAUAGAAAGAAGAUUGGAUUCUUUGGCUCCUACUUUGCAAAGAUUACAAGUUGAUUCUGAAUCUUUGAAUUCAAGUUACACACAAAGAAAAGAAGCAAUUGAUAACAGACAACAGAAGCUCAUUGAAGAUAAGAAGACUAAGUUAGCUGAAGUUGAGACAUUGAGAGAUGAUGUAGAGAGAUAUGAUGCAGAGUUCAAUGAUUUAAGUCCGAAAUUAACACAAGCAAUCGAAGAAGUCAAGAAAUUGACUAAAAACGAAAUUGAUACAAUCAGAAUUUCGGCAAAUGAUCCAAUGCCAUCAAUGCGAUUGCUAUUUGAGUUGUUCUGUCUGUUCUUGGACAUGCCACCUUCAUAUGAAAGAAGUGGCCAGAAACUGUUAAUGGAUCCUAAUUUCAUUGAACUAUUGACUUGUUGUAUAACAACAGAUUCAAUUACUCCAAAAGUUUUGGAACUUGCAAUGCCAUAUUUUGAGAACGAAGCGAUGAAUCCAACAGAACUCGAAGCAACAGCACCAGCUCUUUAUACAUUGUUUAAUUGGAUCCAUUUGUUAUGUCAAUAUUGUCAAUUAAGCAACUCAAGAACGACACAAAGAAGAAUUUUGGAAGAAAAGGAAAGAUCAUUGCAACAAUACAUGGAAGAAAUGGAUGUCGAAUUGGCAUCAAUAGAACAAGUUGCUGCUUCGCUUGAGAACGAGUUAAAGAACUUACAAGCAAGCCAAGCAUCAAGAGAACAAAUGGAAAAGGAUUACAAAGCAAUUUCAGAGCGAAAGAAGUCUUUGGAAUCAAUUUUCAAAGAUAUCGAACAAUUCGUUGAAAAAUGGCAAAACGAUACAAGAGAAUUCCCUCAAAAGAAAGAGAAAUUGAUAGGAAAUUCCAUGUUAUUCUCAUUCUUCCUUGUAUUUGGCGGUGUUAUCAAUAUCGAGAACAGAGUCACUGCUUAUCUUUCUGCUCUCGAAUUGAUUAAAAACGCUGGAAUCGAAUGCGACGAUGGAGAUGUCGACAAAAUGGUUCAAUGGAGAUUCAUUCAGAUCAGACCGGAAUUCUAUUACGACAGACCUGAUACCGCACAUACAUUGGAUAUUGCUACAGACAUUCAUCAUAUCUUCGCAACUCUGAGAACUCCUUUAUUGAUUGAUCCUGAUGGAAUGGCUUAUUCUAUUGUUGCAAAAGAUAUCAAAUCAAGAUUAAUCGAAUGCUCAGCGAAUUCAUCGACAUUGGAUGUCACUGCAGCACAAGCUGUAUCAGAAGGAAGAACACUCUUGAUAUACGAUGUUAUGCAGAUGAUUCCUUUGCUCAGUAUUUUGAUUCCUUUAGAUGCUCUUCCACAAGAAAAUUCGAUGCAAAAAGAUGUAAGAAUUGGAAGUCGUGUUGUUGCUUGGGAUCCUAACUUCAAAUUGAUUUUGGUCUCUCCUGCUUAUUCCAUCAAAGAAUUACCUCUUGACUUGCUUUCAAGGUGUACAACAAUCGAUGUAACAGCAACAAUGACAACAAACUUGAAACACAUUUUCAAGCAAGUUUUCGGAAUGUAUUUCCACGAAACUUUAUUCAACAAACUUCUUGAAGAUAGAAAGAACGAAAUAAUGAAGAGAGUUAAUGAAGUUAACUACGGACGAAACAUCCUUGAUAUCUUAGCAGACAUUGUUGCAACACAAGGAGUAAAUUCAAGUUACGACUAUUUGAGUGAUACAGAAACAAUUGAAGAACUUUUGAAGUCAAAAGAAGAAUAUUUCAAGAACAAGAACUUGAACACAGAAAGCAAUUCACAAGAAGAAUACAAGAAUAUCAUGCAUCAGUUCUCUCCAUUGAUCCAUCAAUGUGCAACAUUCUGGGAAAUCGCUUCUAGAGUUAUUCCAAAGAUUUCUCAUUUACAACCUGGUUCUUUGUUGAGUUACAUGAGAAGAAUCACUCAAAUUUUUGCAAGCGAAGGAUAUCAUGCAGGACAAUUAUUACCUGAACAAUUGAUCUCUCUUCGAGUAUCAAUUACCGAUGCUUCCUUGCAAUUGUUCUUCUCCAACAUGGCAAUGAAUGAUGCUUUGUUCUUCUUAUUCUUGUCUUCUUUCAUUAUGAGAAUUCCUCAAACACAUUUGACUUUGAAAGAUGUCAAACCAGUUCUUGAUCACAUCAGACAGACAUACAACAGUAAACUCUCUUACAAGGACAGUAACCAGGACAUGGAUCCAUUCGAGAAACUUCGUUAUACAAGUUUCGAAAACGUUUUCGAAACAGUCAGAUUAUAUGUUUCAGAAUUGUAUGGAGAAGAGAUUUUGCAGAACUUCCCAGAGUUCACAGUUGAUAGGAUCAUUUCAAAUAACCCACAAGUUCCGAAUAUCAUCAUUUCCAAUCAGAACAACGAUCCAAGUGAUGUUGUUCAUCAUUUGGUUGCACAAAGAUCUAAAGUUGAAAAUGUCGAAUGUAUUUCGAUUUGCGAUGACUUAGAAUUCCUCAAGAACAUCAGGAAAGUCAUGUCCAUGGCCACAUCCAGAGGCAAUUGGAUUUUGUUGCAUAACACACAAAAUAUUCCUGCAACAAUUUCAAUUUUAAGUGACAUUUUCACACAAAUGACGAUAACUUCCAUAAACACGAAUUAUCGAAUGAUAAUUUUGUCGUCAAGCAUCGAUUCCAUUCCUCCUUCUCUCCAUAUGAAAGGUAAAAGAACGAUUGUCAACUUGAUACCAACUGUUAAGUCCGUGAUGCAACAGAUCAUCACAUUCCACGCUCCGCAAUUAGUUAUUGGUCGACAGCUUAAACUAAUGAAGAAAUUGGUUUACGCUGUUGCAAGUUUAUUGGCGUUUGUUUCAUAUAGAAAUGUCAUUAGACCAAACGGAUUCAAUGUUAACUUCUCGACUCCUCUUUCUACAAUACAAGCGAUAGGAAGAAGAUGUUCAGAGAUAUUUGGAGAAGAUGAAUACACACAACCAAUUGAAAACAUCAGAAAUGUAAUCAUGGAUUCUGCUUUCCAAGCUGUUUGUGAUCCAAGAGACAGACAGAUGAUCAACCACUUGUUGACGCGUAUCAUAAGAAUGGAAACGUUCCAAGACGGCUUCAAAGUCGGUGUCGGACCUGAAUCUGAAUUGUGGAUUAUGCCAGAUGACGAAGUUCCUCUUCCUUCAUUUUCUCAGUAUCUCCAGAAGAUUCCUGCCUAUCCAAUGGUUGAAACACUUGGUGUAGAUCCAUUGAAUACACCUCUAAAGGACUGGACAUUAUCAAGAUACAUCGCUCAACCAUUCUUGAAAUACGCAGGUCCUGUUGAAGUUCCUCACAGUGGAAUUUUAGUCAGAAUUGAAGAUUUACUUGCAAUUUUCCCAUCGAAAUUGACGAACGAUCCAACAAGACCUUCUUCGCCAAUACAUUCAUUUAUAGAAAGAGAAAUUAUUAUGCUGAACAACGCAUUGGAAAUCAUUGGAAAUUCAUUGAGAGAAAUGCAUGAACAAGCAGAAAAGAACGUUUACAACAAAGAAGUCCAAGAAAUGCUCAGUGGAAAAGUUCCAACGAUUUGGCAACAAGCAGCUAAAGUUUACACUUUCUAUGAUGCACAUAACUUCAUCAAUUUCCUGCUUUCAAGACAGAAGAUGUUGAAAUCAUGGACGGAAGAGUUCAAAUACGUCAUCAACACUCCAUUAGUAACUGAUCCGAAAUCAUUAAUCAUUGCUUUCGCUGCAGAAGAAGCGCAAAGACAAAAGUUGCCUCUUAGCGAGUUAGAAUACGAAUACACCAUUGUAGAUACAACAGUUGAUAGUGUAAAAGAAGGAGAAUUGUUGUUGACAAGAUUAUCACAAGAAUUCUGUGUAAUUAACUCUAAAACACAGAAGAUUGUUAGAAUUGACAAGACACAAUCCUCUCCUUUCAUUCCAUUGCCAAGCUUGCUUAUAAAGUUGGUGAAAGUUGGAACAAAUGUAAGAAAUCCAGAGAAAACAUAUGUUCCAAUUGGCUUGUUCAAAGAAGCAAGGCCAUCUGAAGAAGACGUAUCAGAAGAUGACAGAAGUAUUUACCAAGGAAGACCCGUUAACUUCAUUACUAACAUUUACAUAGAGACAGAGGAUAAUCCUUCUUACUUCUCUGUUAAUGGUUCUUCUAUUUUCUGUCGAACAUCAGAAUAUUUCAUGUAA